UCAGUUCUUCCCACUAGUUCAUUGUGCACCAAACAAUCAGUUUCCCUCGUUGUGAGCUUUCGCACAGUUGGAGGAGCAACGGGGCGGCGCAGGGGCCUGGAUGGCGGCAGCAGCUGCGCCAGAUGAGGAUAAAUACGUGCUGGGGAAGCAAGGAGAGAAGCGGAUGAAGGGGCGCACCAUCACCGUGCCGGUCGUCACGGGCACCUGCGCCUUCUACCUCGGCAAAAAGGCCAGCGAGUAUCAGAGCCACAAGUGGACUGUGUACAUGCGCAGCCCCAGCAACGAAGACCUGAGCCAUGUCCUGAAGAAGGUCACCUUUGGGCUGCACGAGAGCUUCCAGAACCCCAAGCGGGACGUCGAGUUCCCGCCUUACGAGCUCACAGAGACGGGGUGGGGCGAGUUUGACAUCGUCGUCACCCUGCACUUCAGGGAGGACAUCCAGGAGGCGCCUGUGGAGCUGUACCACCGCCUGAAGCUGUACGACGAUACCGGGGCGGCAAACCCCAAGAAGCCGGUUGUGCUGGAGAUUUAUGACGAAGUGGUCUUCUGGCAGCCCACCGAGGCUUUCUUCAGCCGCAUGGCGACGCACACAGCGCGCCCCGCACCCCCCUCGCAGCUCGCGCAAUUUUACACGGCCUUUGCGCCAGACAGCGAGUACCAGCGCAUCCAGCGGGCGCGGCAGCGGCUGGCCCAGAUCCGGGCCAACGUGGAGGGCACGGCGGCGGCGCUGGAGGCGCAGGAGGCGGCUGGGAUGUACGUGGGCGCGUGA